ACUUUUCAAGGUCGAGGUUAAAGAGUUUAGUGGCACAGACAUAAGUUCAAUAAUUUCAAGUGGACUUUCAUAUGUACAAGUCAGGCUAACUGUUUCUAUGUUCACUAGUUUUUGAAUUUCCUUAAAUGCAUUGACAACGUACUAAUCGACCUGCACUUUUUAACUAUUUUACUCUUCAUACGUAUCAAAACAUGCUUUGGGAGAGUUAGAAUAUAUCAAUACAAACUAUCGAGCAUAUCGGUGAAUCACAGAUACUGUUCGAAUGAUUGAAAGCAAGGUCCGAAAUGUACAAUAUAUUUUUGAGUUUCCACAAAUCACAGACUUAUUUGAUGUAUCUGAAAGACAAGGACAGGGUACAUUUGCAUCUGUUCUAGCGGUUAAAAGUAAGCAAGAUACAGAUGAAUGCAAAUACUAUGCACUGAAAAUGAUCAUACCAACUGUUGAUAUUCGAAGGAUUGAGAAUGAAGUUCGGAUUUUACGAAGACUUGGUGGUAAACACAAUGUAAUUGAAAUGCAUACAGCAAUGCGAAUUCGUGAUCAUGUCUUCAUUCUAAUGCCUUUUGUGGAUUACAUUCCUUUUACAGAUUAUUAUUUAACAGCUGAUGAAAAAGAAAUUCGACGUUAUAUGCGUGCACUUCUUUCAGCUUUAGCACAUGUUCAUAAGUAUAAAAUUAUUCAUCGUGAUAUAAAACCGACAAAUUUUCUUAUGGAUCAAAAAACACGACAAUUUUAUCUUGUAGAUUUUGGUUUAGCACAUUCUGAAGAGUUUGGUGAUAUUGAUGAAAGAUGGGAAAGAAAGUUUGAAGCUAAACAUGCCUCAGAUGAGAAAAGAAGUGAGACAAAGAAAAGAGUUUCAGACUCUACACAGUCGGAGCGUUCUAUGUCAACUGAAUCCACCCAUCGCUUAACUAUAGCCAAUAAAGAAAAUAAUCAAACUCAUAAAUGGGAUAGCAUAGACACCGGGAAUUCUAGAUACAGUUUGAAAUGUCAAUCUCAAAAAAUUGAUCAUAUAUCAUCAGCAUCAUCAUCAUUUAAAGGUUCUACUCUCUUGAAAUCUACUCAUCAACAACCAGCGUCAUCAUUACCAUCAUCAUCAGCAUCGUCGAAUACAACAACACAGACAUUAGGACAAGGUGGUGGUUGUGUAUGCGGGGCUCGACUUACUGUUUGUCGAGGUUGUCGACAAUUACCGCGAGCUCCAGCAGUUCGACGUGGUGGAACACUUGGCUUUCGACCACCAGAAGUAAUGAUGCGUCAUGUGGAGCAGACAACGGCUGUUGAUAUAUGGGCUGUUGGAGUUAUCUUUCUGUCAUUUCUUUCUGGACGUUAUCCUUUCAUGAAAGUUGAUGAUGACUUAGAUGUACUGCAUGCUUUUACGCAUUUAGUAGGCUAUGAACGUAUGCAAAUGGGUGCAAGAAGUAUUGGACGAAGGCUAGUUCUUGAGCCUAGGCCAUCACCGAUGGAGGCGAGUGAUUCACCUGCUGCAUGGCUUAAAACAAGAUGUACUGCAAUCAGACGAUAUGAGAAAAAAUUUGCCGGUUUACCUCCUCUACUCUCUAAGUCUAUAUCAACAGAGUCGAUUACUUCAGGUGGUGGUGUCACGUGUCCACAAAAUAAUACCGAAGUUGUUCAAGAUACCCCACCAAAAAAUACAAUCGCUUUAUCAUCUACGCAUAUUUUCCCCAACUCAGCUUAUGAUCUAUUGGCGCGUCUUUUAGAACCAUGUCCACGGAAACGUAUAACUGCACAUGAUGCUCUACGUCAUCCGUAUUUUUGUAGCACAUCAAAAAGUCAACGACAUUCUAGUAUACCUUUAAAAUAUCAAAAUAUUGAACAAAGUCUCCUACUUCAAAGAAGUACAUCAUCACGUUUAAGUUUUUGUGAAUCAACAAAGAGUUUGAUGCCAAGACCACAGUUUUGUUAAAAAGAAACAGAAAUGAAGUUAAAAAAGGCGCUUAGAUAUUAUGCAUAUAGAAAUAUAUAAAUUCAUAUUUUUUUUAAGUGGUACAUUCUCAUUCAGAUUAUUUUAAAACUGGUUUUUUAU